GCAUGGAUCACGUUCUAACGAGAGGUCAAAAAUUCAAGAUGGCGGCGCCCGUCAGAGUGCUUUGGAACACAUCAAAGCGUUUAGUUUUGGGGAAAUGUAAAUUUCCAACGAGAUGUCUAUCAUCAACAUCAGUAAACAGUCAGUGCUCUCCUCUACAAUAUACAGAUUAUCAAGUUUCCAAGGAAGACUUCAAAUAUGUUAAGAAAAUUUUGCCCCCAGAAACUGUUCCUGAACCACCAGAAGUCACUAAACCUACACCAUCUGGCUGGGUGCCACAGAGAGAAAAUGGUGAAAAAGGAUAUUGGAUUCGGCGCACAAAGAAUCACAUGCUUCCUGUGUACCUAAUAGUUAAGAAUGGCGGUACAGACCGUGUCACCUCGAUCAAAAAAAUAGAAGGGAACAUUUGGCUGUUUGACGAAGACCUCCGGAAUGCAUUGGAAAAGAUGUUGGACAAAAGAAUACUGACACAGAUUAAUGAAGUGACCAGAACUGUUAAAUUAAAGGGAAACUAUAUGAGAGAAGUUGGAGAGUUCCUCGUCAGCCAAGGGCUAUAACUCUAGGAAGAAUGUGUGAAAAAUUGUAGAUAUGUAUACAAGUGUGAUCAAUUUGAGUCAGAAGUGUAAGUGUUGACAAAGUGAGGGGUGUCAGAGCCUAAGUGUAUAUGUAUAAUCGUGUCAAUUUAUAUUAAAAAUUUGUUGUGCUAAAAUA